CGCCAUAAAGAGAAGGAGGAGGCCGCUGAAGACCCGAGUAUGUCUUAAGAAUAUUUACUAGUUUACUAGUUUACUUUUGGUCGUCAGAUUUCAUAUAUUUCGGCGCUGUGAUGCCGAUAUUUCUGAACAUCAACAUUUAACCUCAAUUGACAACCAAGCGCCGGCCACCAACACUUACUGCACAUGCGCACAGCGCACACUCAGUGAGCGAAAAACACACUCGCGGAGCUGUUGGGUUUGAACUGAGAGCAGACAGACGGAUCCCUUUAUCGCCUCGGUCUGACUUAGCCUAGCAUAGCUUAGCUUAGCUUAGCUUAGCUUAGCCUAGCCUAGCCUAGCCUCGCCUCGCCUCUCUUCUCUUCUCUUUCCUUCUCCUCCAGCUGUUGCCUCUUCGGCACACACCACUUUUAAAUGUAGGACCAGGACAAGAUGGCGGAUAUUUCGCUGCUUCAGGACGAGUCCCAGGAGGAGAUAGACGGAUUUGGUGUGGAUGACUACAGCUCAGAGUCUGACGUCAUUAUUAUACCUUCAGCCUUGGAUUUUGUAUCGCAAGAUGAGAUGCUGACGCCCUUGGGCAGACUGGAUAAAUACGUCGCAAGCGAAAACAUAUUUAACAGACAGAUGGUGGCCCGGAGUUUGCUGGAUACGCUAAAAGCAGUUAGCGAGGAUGAGAGGGAUUGUAUUGCAGUGCUGGAGAGAGUAAGCAGACUUGCUGAUGACUCGGAGCCCACAGUUCGAGCAGAGCUUAUGGAACAAAUUCCUCAUAUCGCCAUUUUCUGCCAAGAGAACAGACCUUCCAUUCCAUUCGCGUUUUCAAAGUAUUUACUGCCCAUUGUGGUGAGAUACUUAGCCGACCAGAACAACCUGGUUAGGAAGACAAGCCAGGCAGCCCUCCUGAUGCUUCUGGAGCAGGAACUGAUAGAGCGAGUAGACAUUGAGAACCUUGUCUGUCCUGUCCUGGUAGACCUCACUGCUCCGGACAGCAAUGAUGAUGUUAAGACAGAGGCUAUGGCGAUUAUUUGUAAAAUGGCACCCAUGGUGGGAAAGGACAUCACAGAGCGCCUCUUCCUUCCACGCUUUUGUGAGAUGUGCUGUGAUUGCAGGAUGUUCCAUGUACGCAAGGUUUGUGCCGCAAAUUUUGGGGAUAUUUGUAGCGUUGUUGGGGGAGAAGCAACAGAAGGAUUACUGCUGCCUCGGUUUUUCCAGCUCUGCUCAGAUAAUGUGUGGGGGGUGAGGAAGGCCUGUGCAGAGUGCUUCAUGACUGUGUCCUCAGCAACCUCUCAGGAAGUGCGCAGGACCAAACUCUCGUCGCUUUUCAUCAACCUCAUCAGUGAUCCCUCCCGCUGGGUGCGGCAGGCUGCGUUCCAGUCUUUGGGCCAAUUCAUCUCCACGUUUGCCUGCCCAACAACUAAUGUGGGCCAAUACUUCAGAGAGGGGGCAGAGGAGGCCGACUGGAGCGGCCAGCAGUCACACAAGCAGGCUGCUGAGAAAUCCUUAAACACUACUGCACCUUCUGCGGACUGCCCCCCGACCUCUUCCACAGUGGACAAUGCUCAGAGGCUCCUACAUGAGCAAACUGCUGUCUCCCCACAGCAGGACUGCAUUUCCCAGAAUCCUCCCUGUACUCAGGAGCACUGUGAGGGUCAGCUGUGCAGAUCGGAGCGGGAGGGUGUGGAUGUAGCUGUAGAGGGGGGAGGAGAGCAGGUUGCUGAUGCUUUGCCUCUGGACGAGUCCUGCUGCGAUGUUGACUCGGAGAGGUCCAGCCCAAAGUGCCUUUCUGGGCCAGGUGAUAUAGACCCAGGUCCAGUUGGGGAGGAACAUCAGUCUUUGCCAGUAGGAAACUCCACAGCACAAGAAAGCUACUCAAACUCUGAAGUCCCUAAUGCAGAGGCUCCCACGCCCCCAACCCAGGCCACCACUGAGGGUGACCCACAGGAGAAGGUCUCUGCUUCUGCUGUAGAUCCAAGUUCAGAGGUUAACUCCCCUCCGGUAUCAUGCCCUGAGGCAGAGAAAGUGGAGAUUCCAGAGCAGGAGCUGUAUAACUCCUUUCACUACUGGAGGACACCCAUUCCACAGAUAGACCUUGACCUGGAGCUUUUGGAGCAGCAGUGCAACAAAAGUGGUGAGGUCUCUAGUAAUAGCCCCUCUUCCCAGGUUUCCACACCUGCUUUGGGCAGGAAGCAACUAGAGGAGCUCAUUGAGAACUUGGAGCCCCACAUCGAUGACCCUGAUGUGAAAGCACAAGUAGAUGUGUUAACUGCUGCUCUGAGAGCCACUUCUUUGGAUUCUCACCUUGAGGAGGCGUUCCUGGAGCCCAGACAGGCCCAUGACAACCCCUUCGGCUCUCGCCAUGUCCCUCUCAUUGACUCUUCUGAUGUAGAGAGCCGAGACUCCACCUUACCAAUGAGUCACGGUGAUGAGUCAGAGUUAAGUGACGGUAGCAGUCCAGAGGAGGAGAAAAAAUCCAAACAACAGGAUGUGGUCCCUCAAGCUCUGUUAGAUCAGUACCUGUCUAUGACGGACCCCUCCCGGGCUCAGACAGUGGAUAUGGAGAUUGCCAAGCACUGUGCCUACAGUCUGCCAGGCGUGGCUCUCACACUAGGCCGCCAGAACUGGCACUGCCUCAGAGACACCUUUGAGACACUGGCCUCUGAUAUGCAGUGGAAGGUGCGGCGGACUCUGGCCUUCUCCAUACAUGAAUUGGCACUAAUUUUAGGUGACCAGCUAACUGCUGAGGACCUGGUGCCUAUUUUCAACGGCUUCCUAAAGGACCUGGACGAGGUGCGCAUAGGAGUCCUCAGACACCUCUAUGACUUCCUCAAGCUGCUGCAUCAGGAAACUAGGCGGAAGUACCUGUACCAACUGCAGGAGUUCCUGGUCACAGACAACAGCCGGAACUGGAGAUUCAGAUCAGAGCUAGCAGAGCAGCUAGUCUUGCUGUUGGAGCUGUAUAGUGGGCAGGAUGUGUUUGAUUACCUGAGACCUCUGGCAUUCUGCCUCUGCACAGACAGAGUCUCCUCAGUACGGUGGACCUCCUACCGACUGGUCAGUGAGAUUAUUAGGAAGCUUUCCACAUGCCCUGCACUGCUAGUGGAUUUCCUUGGCGAGUUAGUGGAUAAAUUCUGUCACUCUCCAAAAUGGUCAGGGCGCCAGGCUUUUGCCUUCGUGUGUCAGCUUGCUAUAGAGGAGGACUGUGUCGCAUUGGAGCAGUUUUCAGAGCACCUGCUGGCUCCUCUGCUGCAGCUGGCAUCUGACCCCGUGCCCAACGUCCGUGUGCUGCUGGCCAAGACCUUGCGCCAGAGCCUGAUGGAGCGAGAAUAUUUCCUACACUCAGCCAACUCGCACCAAGAGGCUCUGGAGCAGACCCUAGUGGCUCUGCAGAUGGACAUGGACAAGGACGUCAAAUAUUUUGCCAGCGUGCACCCAGGAAGCACACGCAUUAACGAGGAUGCCAUGAGCACCACUUCCUCCACCUACUGAGUGUGCACACACACACCACCCCCAGCUUCAUGCUGGGUGAUGGUCGAGGGGCAUGGACUGACCUCUACCAAGGGCACAAAGACUGAGAAAUAUCUGCUCGGGGAACAGCUUCAACCAACUCUAAUUCCCUUGAGAGCAGCUCACUACAACAUUGUUUAUGUGUGUUCUUUUUUGCCACAGAAGCCUUAAAAGUGUCUUCCUUAAAACCAGAGAAUACUUGAAUAUCUGGAGCUGUCAAAACAUCAACAAACUACAACAAAUCAGUCAAAAUGUCAACAUAUCUCAAAACCAUGCAGUGGGUGACCUUGAUCAUCUUUCCCCUAUUCUCCUUUCCUUCUGUAGUCUCAUACUGAUGGACCUUCAUUUCUCUCCUCUGUAGCCGGACGCCAGUAAUUCUCAGCUUCACAAAAACCUGUUAGCAGGAAAGACUGUAGCACCAAGCUGUUCCCUCAUUUUAUCUCCUUUAUUUUUGUUUUGAUACUGUACUGUGUGAACGACUCAUAUGCUGCAGAUAUAUUCAAAGUGGAGAGUGUGUAACCGCCUCAGCCUUUUCUUCCCAGCGUGGUCUGGGAGCUGCCGAUUGACGAAGCACGGUUUUUCAAGGGCUUGAGCCGCCAUUGUUUUAAAGUCUAGUGCAGCACAUUGUUGUACCCGUGGACACGGGGCUCCCCUGGCACACAGGGGUCCAGGUCCUAAUGGAAAAACGAACUGUUGUAUUUUUUAAACCAAAAUGACGAGCGGUCCAUUUAGCAGAGUAUGUGGAAAUUAAACAUUGAAUCAGUGUGGUUGUUGCACAUCGCUUCAAACCCUGGGGUAUUUUAAACAUGAAAAUUAAAUGCUUCAUCAUGACCUACGCAUCACCUGUACUGUACAUAUCUUUAUCAACUGCUAUUUUUUCCAUUUUGAUCAGUGAUCAUGAAUAGAAUUGUGAUAUAAUGUUCUCUUAACCUGUCCAAAAUAAAAGUUCAAAUUCAUUUGCUUGCA